AUGAACGGUAUUCGGUUGUACUACGUCGACCGGACCUGGGUGCUGAGGUCUCGCCUCAUCGCAGUUCGACAGUUCAACCCCACCAAGGAGCUGCUCGAGGACAAUCGCCUCUCGACUCUUCUGCAGAAGUACCUCGAGAGAGUGCUUGCGGAGUACGGCCUCGACGUGUCACUUCUCUUCUCUGCGACGAGCGACGCCGGCAGCGACGUGAAGCGACUGUGCGACGUACUGCUGCCGGGGCUGUGGGAGUGGUGUGUGUGCCACAUGAUGAACUGCGCGGUGGUGAAGGCGUUCGGUAUGCACGUGGAUCCGGCCAAGUCGAGAAACCCCGGUGCACGCAAAGUGAUCACGACGGUGAAAACGAUUGUGGAGCACAUCCGCAAAUCUCCCAGAGCGAAGGCCAUCUUCGAGGAGGAGCAGGUCAGGCAGUACGCGCAGUGCUACCACCGCAAGCUGGUCAACGCCGCACCCCAGCGGUGGUCAGGGGUGACAAACGUCUUGGAGGCGGUCAUCGUCAACCGUCCAGCCAUAGACGGCGUGUACGCGGCGGAAGGCAAACACAGUCCGCUCACGUCCCUGACGGACGAGAUCGACGAGUUGCACUAUAUCAUCAAGCCGGCCGCGCAAGUCAUCGUCAGCGGGGAGCGACCGGCCACCAGCACUCCCCGCGAGCACAGCUUGUUGACUGGCGUGGCCAGGGGUACUCGGCAGCACAUGUGCGAGUCCGUUGACUGGCGGUGGUUCGACAAGCGCUACAAGAGCGCCAAGAGCCAAGACACGGACUACGUGUUCGACAUGCAGAUGGCCUUGCACCCGACCACGGCUGACCUGCGGUACGUGGACAAGCUCGCGUCAACGUCAGCGUUCGCUGGUGCUGUCAAGUCGACCAUCACCGACAAGGUCAUCUCCUUGGCUGUAAAGCUGGCGGAGGCAGCGGCACUCCACACGGGGGAUGGAUCAACGACGCCUGCCUGGUCUGCGGCUGCCGAUAAGCCCGCUGCCAAACGUGCUCGUCAAGCGGCUGCUCCCGGGAGCAAAGAGGAGCCGCCGUCUUUCGAGCAGACUGCUCGCGCCGAGCUCACCAAGCUGAGGGCUGUCCAGGGCGGCAGUCUCGCGGCCGGGUUGAGGUGCGAGGAUGUGCUCAAGUGGUGGAAGAUGUGGGCCCACGCCUACCCUCUUCUGGCUAGGGUUGCACGCGUGGUUAUCGGGGCUCUUGCAUCGGCGGCAGUGCUCGAGCAUGAUUUCAGCAAUGCUGGGCGAAUGAUGACUUCCUCCAGGAGCACCAUGGACAGCAAGUACGUGGAAAUGAUUCUGUUCCUGCACGGGAACCUGGACCUCAUCCCCGAGGACAUCACCAAGCUGACCGAGGCUGUUGCACGAACGAAGAUCCCCGGGCGGCUGGCGAACCCCGUCGAGGGGCUGGAGCAGCUCGACGGCGCUUUCGCGCCGGUGGACCUCACCGAUGAGGAGGCGUCGGAUUAA